AUGAAGUUUUCAGCUAGCAUUUCACUUGCUUCCAUAAUAGCAACAGCUAUAUCUACACCCAUUCUCAAGCGUGAAAUUAACUCAACAGCUUUAGAAGAAGAUGUCCUUGACACUUCCAACAAUAACAUCCAAACAGCGUAUGGGAAACCAUUUGCAGUAUACCAACCAAAGGCAUUUAUCGUGUCCAUGUUUGAGCUUGAAAGAGAUCCAUGGUUGAAAGCAAUGGACUUUGUCCACAAUAUUACCAUCCCGGGCUUGUCUCCAGUAUACCCAACAAUCCACUGCACCACAAACUACACCAUUUGUCAAGUCACUACUGGUGAAGGAGAAAUCAAUGCUGCUAGUUCCGUUACUGCUUUAACUUUAAACCCGCUAUUUGAUUUAACAAAGACAUAUUUCUUGAUUGCUGGUAUUGCCGGUGGUGAGCCAGAAUAUACCACUUUGGGUGGGGUUACAUUUGCUAAAUAUGCUGUACAAGUUGGCUUGGAGUAUCAGCUUGCUUAUGAAGAUUAUCAUGAGACAAACUCCAAUUGGACUUCAGGGUAUGUUCCAUAUGGUGCCACAUCGCCACUUGAGUAUCCGGGAAACGUUUACGGAACAGAAGUGUUUGAAAUUAAUGAGAAAUUGAGAGAUAGAGCCGUUGCAUUAGCAUCAAAUGUUACUUUAAACAAUGGUAAUACAUUGAAUAAAAAGUUUAGAAAAUUAUACAAUGAGACUGCUGCUCGUGGUGAUGCCAAAGUUGUCAAGUGUGAUGUCUUAACCAGUGACAAUUAUUUCACUGGAAAAGUGUUGAAUGAUUAUUUUGGCAACUUGACUAAAUUAUUAACCAAUGGUUCAGCUACUUAUUGUUCAACAGCUCAAGAAGAUAAUGCUACAUUGGAAGUAUUGACCAGAUUAGACAAGUACGGCUUAUUGGAUUUUGAAAGGGUUAUGGUGAUGAGAACGAUUUCCGAUUUUUCGAGACCACCAGCAUCCAUGAGUGCUUAUGAAUAUUUCUUCAACAGAACUGAUGGUGGAAUCGAGGCUAGUUUGGAUAACUUGGUUAUUGCUGGAACUCCAAUCUUGCAUGAUAUUAUCCACAAUUGGGAAACGGUGUAUGAAAAGGGACACAGGUAUGCAGCUGAGAAUUAUCAAGGUGAUAUUUAUGGUACUUUGGGUGGUACUCCUGAUUUUGGGAAAUCAUCUUUUGAAGUUGCAUAA